AUGGAGAUCGUCCACGUCUACACGAAGCUCCGCGGGGAGCUCGGCCGCCAGUGUCUGUUCUCGGACCGGCCUGCUGAGCUGCUGGUGGACGUGCUCCCGGACCCGAGUCUGGGUCAGGAGUUCAUCCUGAAAACCCCCAGAGAGCAGGCCCAGCAGGUGGGCUGCGACAUGUCCGAGCACCAGGUGAACACGGAGCGCUUUGAGUCCAACAGCUGUGGGAUUAACCAUGUGGAGGGGGGCUGGCCCAAAGAUGUCAACCCUGAGGAGAUGGAGCAAACCAUCCGUUUCAGGAAGAAGGUGGAAAAAGAUGAGGGCUACAGCAACAGCGUCCUGCAGCUGGCCAGUGUAAUGGAGCACUGCAUCAGACAGAACAAUGCUGUGGACAUCUACCAGGAGUACCUGGAGGACGAGGAGGAGGAGGAGGAAAUUCAAGAGCCACCCUCCGCCAAGACCAUCAAUGUUUUUAGAGAUCCUAAUGAGGUGAAACGUACCAUUACUGGUCUGUCAUGGCAUCCGGACAGCGGCAGAAAGCUGGCGGCCGCCUACUCCUGCCUCGAGUUCCAGAAAACUUCCAAAGACAUGAGCCUGGACUCCUACAUCUGGGACAUUGAGAACCCAAACAGACCAGAGAUGACACUCAAGCCGACAUCUCCACUUAUCUGUCUGGAUUAUAAUCCCAAAGAUUCACACACUCUGGUAGGAGGCAGCUUCAAUGGGCAGAUCGCUUACUGGGACACCCGGAGAGGCAGCCAGCCUGUGGAGUUUUCCUCUGUGGAGCAGAGUCACAGGGACCCGGUCUACAAAGUUGUCUGGCUGCAGUCCAAGACUGGAACUGAUGCAUUUUCUGCCUCCACGGAUGGACAGGUUCUGUGGUGGGAUGUUCGCAAGUUGAGUGAACCCACAGAGCGUCUGGUUCUGGACCUGGGCAGGGAGGGGAACCUAAAUCGGGCUUUAGGAGCCAUCUCACUGGAAUUUGAAGCCACCAUGCCCACUAAGUUCAUGGUGGGGACAGAGCAGGGUAUCGUCGUAUCCUGUAACAGGAAGGCAAAGACACCGGCGGAGAAAAUUGUUUGUACGUACGAUGGUCACCACGGACCCAUCUACGCCCUGCAGAGGAAUCCCUUCUUUCCCAAAAACUUCCUCACCGUGGGGGACUGGACGGCCCGAAUCUGGUCUGAGGACAUCAAGGAAUCAUCCAUCAUGUGGACCAAAUAUCAGAUGUCGUUCCUGACAGAUGCCUGCUGGAGUCCAGUCAGACCCUCUGUCUUCUUCACAGUAAAGAUGGACGGUGUCUUAGACGUCUGGGACAUCCUUUUCAAACAGAACGACCCCACACUCAGUCUCAAGGUGUCUGACAAGGCUCUGAACAGCCUCUGCAUUCAGGAUAACGGGCGCUUGGUGGCGUGUGGUUCUCAGCAGGGCGAAGCCACGCUGCUAGAAAUCUGCUCUGGACUGUCGACGCUCCAGAAGAACGAGAAGAAUCUGCUGGCUGCUAUGUUUGAGCGUGAGACAAAGCGAGAAAAGAUCCUGGAGGCUCGGCAGAGAGAGAUUCGCCUGAAGGAGAGGAGUCGAUCGGAGCAGAGCAAAGAGGAGGAAGGAGGUCAGGAGGAGGGAGAGGAGAGUCCUGAUCAACUGAUCGUCAGAGCCGAGAACGACUUCUACAGCAUGGUGGAGAUGGAGCAGAGGAGGAGGAAGGAGAGGGAGGACGAAUCAAACCAGGAGAAAGACGUCUGUGAAGAAAAAGAAGUGAAAGACGAGGCAGAAACUUAAUAUAAACAUGUUUCUCUCCAAAAAUGUAUUGUGUUUCAAGUGAAUGUUGUAAUAAAAUGAGUGUUUUCAGUUUUCA